AUGAAGAUACUGUUUCCCGGUAGCUACUGUAAAAAGGGCAUCGUGGUGAUCGCUACGACGAUCCUGCUGGGCAUCAUGUUCACGGUGCCGACAAGGAAAGCGAAAUUCAUCACGGCAUCGCCUCUUCUGGACCCAGCAGUUGAGCAAGAGGGACGCCGCACAGCACCGCCAACCACCGAGCGUUCAAAGGCAGGGGAUCGCAAGCGCUGUCAGCACCGGCUCGCUUCGUUGGACUGGCCAAAAGCUGGUAAGAACUGGCACAGUGGUGGAUGGGCGGUUAGCCAGCUAUGCAAACAACCUCUGGACACACUUUUCUUCGUGCACUCGGCGCCGAACAACUGGAAGCGGCGCGCUGACCUGCGCGCCACUCUGUUCGAAGAGGCGGCCUGCACCGCUUUCAACUGGACAGCCGUUUUCUUCAUUGGCGAAGACGAUGAUCCCAAGGUAAAUCUCUGGACGAGGUUCGAGGUUGAAGUCUUCGGAGACAUCGUGAUGUUGCGCUACAACGACACAUUCCUUACCCUUACGUACAAAUUCGUCGGUGGCAUGCAGUGGGUCACCGAGAAUUGUCCCAACGUGAGCACCAUCGUCAAGAUCGACGACGACGUCAGCGUACACCCGUUGGAGCUUCGGCGAUACCUGGAUGAGAAGCUGCCACAGAAGAAUAGUUCUAUACAUUGCAAUGUACUUCAACGUAAUCCCGUACACCGUGACCCGCACCACAGGUACUGCAUCCCGGAGGACGAGGUGGCACAAGACACGUACCCUCUUAUGUGCUCUGGUUGUUGCAUAAUCAUGACAAUCGACACGAUGCGGAAGCUGCUCAGAGCCUCGGAGAUUGCCAAGGCCUAUGCCAUCGAUGACGCUUACGUGAGCGGACACCUCGCUUUGAUAGCUAAUGUCGCACACGUCAUGAUCAACUCGAAGGUAUUCUACAACGUCUGA